AUGCCACUAAUCGCGUUUAGUCGCGCCCCCUUCUGCCGCCGGCGGCAAAGCCUCGCUCUUCAUAUUGGAUGCUGCUGUAUUAUUGGGCCGUUAUCGGAAGUGGAUGAAUUACUUUAUCCGCGGGGACCCUACGCCGCGAUGGAAUUUCGCACGCUCAUGAGGCGCCUUUCUACGACGCCUUUAUCCCCCCCCGCCCCCCCGUCCUACGAUUCGCGGGCUAAGCAGAACAGA